AUGCCCGUUCCUAAAUCGCGAAAACGUGAUACUAAAUUAUAUGAUUUACUUGAAGUUUCACCUGAUGCAACAAAUGCUCAAAUAGCAAAAGCUUAUAAAGUUGCAGCUAUGAAAUAUCAUCCAGAUCGAAAUCCUGAUGCACCACCAGAAAAAUUUAAAGAAAUUUCAGCUGCAUAUGAUGUUUUAAAAGAUGAACAUAAAAAAGAAAUUUAUGAUCAAUAUGGACUUGAAGGUCUUAAAGAAGGAAUGGGCGCACAUAGUGCAACUAGUUUAUUUGAUUUGAUUAUGGGUGGUUCAAAUCGACAUCAUCAUCAUCAUGGCCAACCAAAAGGUGAAUCAAGAAUUAUUCCAUUAAAAGUUAGUUUAGAAACUUUAUAUAAUGGUGAAACAAAAUCUGUAACUUUUACACGUAAAAUAGUAUGCCAACAAUGUAACGGGUCCGGUUGUAAAGAAGGUAAAAAACGAAUACAUUGUCGUGCUUGUCAUGGUCAAGGUGUUCGUAUGGGCCUAUCUCGUAUGGGACCGAUAACAUUUCAACAACCAGUUCAAUGUCGUGAAUGUGAUGGUGAAGGCGAAGUAAUUGCACAUAAAGAUAAAUGUCAUCUAUGUCAUGGAAAUCAAAUAGUAGAAGAAAAAAAAAGUCUUGAUGUUGUUAUUUUACCAGGUUAUUCAAAUGGAAAAAAAAUUAAAUUUCGUGGAGAAAAUGAUCAAUUAUCUGGUAUUGAAGCUGGUGAUAUUUAUAUUUUAAUUGAACAAGAAAAACAUCCAAUAUUUGAACGUAUUAAUGAACAUGAUCUUUUAAUUAAAAUGAAAAUAAAUUUAAAUGAAUCAUUAACGGGUUUUAAACGAACAAUUCAACAUCUUGAUGGACGACAUGUACUUAUACAACAUCCACCAGAUCAUCCAAUUGAGCCUAAUUCAAUGAAAAAAAUACCAAAUCAAGGCAUGACUAGUAUGGAAACUCAUCAUACAGGUGAUUUAAUUAUUCAAUUUGAUGUGGAAUUUCCACCAAUCAAUUUCUUUCAUCAUCCAAAUAUUAUUCAAAAGUUGGAAAGCAUAUUACCCUCAAAACCAGCAUUUAAUAUUCCAUCGGGAGUGAAUCUCGAUGAAGCAUUAUCCAUGAUUGAUCAUAACAAAGAAUCUCAUUCAAAUAAACAUCGUUCACAUAAAACCUAUAGUGAAAUUAAUGAAGAGAAUGACGAUGAUGAUGAUCAAUAUGUUGAUGAUGACGAGGACGAUGAUGAUCAACCUCAAGUUCAUACUUGUCACACACAAUGA